AGUUCACACCCCUGAAAAGCGGAAGUAUUAUGGCAUCUUGUUAACGUGAUGUAGAGAAAUGGCUCGGAUGUGUUGUUAUUCUAAUACCGUGUGACUAAACCCUCAUGGAUUUCAUUCAGUAGUGUGCCGGCUGAAACAAAGAUGGGGUUUGGUAGUGACCUCCAGGGCAGGGUGUCCCAUGAGGGAUUGCUUAGUCUCCAGGAUGCUGAGAUUCGUCUGCUGGAGAACUUCAGGAAGUGCCUGAUCCUUCGGUACGAAGCUGACCGGCAUUACGCCUCGUCACUCAACAAGUUCCUGCUGCAGGCACAGAAGAUGGACCUCCGAGACGUGUUGGACUUCUCAGCUUAUCAUGAUGCCAUAAACACGAUAGUGAAGGAGACGGAGAACGUAGUAUUGCGGCUACGUCAGAACGCCGAUGCUCUGUCGUCGUGAACUCUGGAUACUCUUAGCUCGGUCAUCAGCGAGAAGAAAGCCUUCCGCAAACAGUAUCUGGAGGAAAGGAACAGACUCGACUCAGACUUCAAUAAGAUGCAGGAGAACGUCCAGGGCAACAAGUCGGAAUAUAUCCGCAUGGCCGACAAGCUGAAGCAGGAGCGAGCCAAGUACAUGGACAUACAGACAAAAGGUAAGAUCGGCAGCAAGCUGGAGGAUGCGCGAGCGAAGUACCACAAGACUACAGUGAAGCUACACAAACUACAUAACGACUAUGUCGUGUCACUGAAAGACGCAACAGAGUUCCAGACUGGUUACCUCGGCACCACACUCCCCGCCUUCCUUGACUCUCACCAGGCCGUGCAGGAGACACUUCUACACCAGAGUAAGUUUGUGCUGGAGGACUUUGUGGAGUUGACCAACCUGUCCAGUGAGGAGUACCAGGCCAUGCAUCGGUCCAUGGAGGAUGCUGUCAACAAGAUCGAGCCCACCACGGAAUACACACCCGGCUUCAUCACCAAGUACAAGAGCGAGAAGCUGUCGAAGCUGACGUUUGACUUUGAUGACAAGCUGUUGGACGACUACAAGGGCGUCCUGAAACCCAGCACCUUGCAGAUAGACGACGCCACCUGUGAAUCUCUGCAGCACAAGAAGUCUGAGUAUGGGGAUCAGUUGGCAGCCUCCCAGUCAACGAUGGAGCAGAAGACGUCAUUGCUGCAGGAAUUAGCCGAAGACGUGCAUCAGCUGGACGACAAAGUUGUAGAGGAUCACACACUUGACAACAUCACACAGUACGUGGACAAACGGAAGCAGCAAGAGAUCGUGAAGAAGGAGAUUGCUGAAGAGAAGGUGCGGGUGGAGAGACUGACAGAGUUACAGUCGUACAUCGGCCGGGGUCUCGACGAGAUAGGAGAUAACCCUCCCCCUGUCCUCACAGACCUGCAGGAGAACGGAGACCUGGAGACGAGUUCCAACACGUCCACGUCCUCGACAGGGAAGAAGAAGAAGUUCUCUCUGCCCAACAUCACAGGACUGAGGAAGAACAACCAGGGCUUCAAGUCCAGCAGGGACGACGUGGACAAGUCCAGUCGGGAUGACCUCCUGGAGACAGGUCACGGCGCCCGUGAGAGCUACGAGCAGACGGAGCCCGGCAGCUUCAGUAACGGCCCCCGAGCCUCGAUGAACAUGAUGAGGGAGGCGGGACUCAUGCAGGACGUGGGAAUCCCCCAGCCAAAGUCUCGUCUGGAAGAUGAGGAGUGGUUCCAUGGAGUGUUGCCGCGGGAGGAAGUGCAAAGACUGUUGAAUAACGACGGAGACUAUCUUGUGCGCGAGAGUAAAAACAAACGAACAAAUGAAACCCAAUAUGUGUUGUCUGUCUACUGGGCGGGAUAUAAACACUUCAUCAUUCAGGGAGAUACGGGAGCGUGGAAGUUCGAAGGGAUCUCGUAUCCCACCAUCCCCGACCUGAUCUUCCAGCAGCACUGUUCGGGGGACCCAGUGACAACCAAAUCCCAGGCCAUCCUGCGGACACCCAUCCUCCGGGAAGAGUGGGAGCUGAUGAACGACGACAUCUCCCUCGAGAUGAAGAUUGGAAAUGGCAACUUCGGUGAGGUAUACAAGGGGGUGUACACACCCAAGAACCUGGUUGUGGCGGUCAAGACGUGCAAGGACACGCUGUCGGAGGAGCAGAGGAAGAAGUUCCUGCAGGAGGGUAGAAUCCUGAAACAGUACGACCAUCCGAACAUCGUCUGCUUCAUCGGAAUCGCAGCACAGCGGCAGCCGGUGAUGAUUGUCAUGGAGUUUGUGGCAGGUGGAGCACUGCUUGGGUUCCUCCGGAAGCAAGGCAAGUCUCAGAACAAGGCACAGCUGACCAAGAUGUGUCUGGACUCCGCCAGUGGCAUGGCUUACCUGGAGGCCCGCGGGUGUAUACACAGGGAUCUGGCGGCCCGGAACUGCCUCGUGGGAGAAUCCAACAUCGUGAAGAUCUCCGACUCCGGGAUGUCGCGUGAGGAGGAAGAGUACACGGUGUCCGAGGGCAUGAAGCAGAUUCCCAUCAAGUGGACAGCACCCGAGGCACUCAACUACGGUAAAUAUACAACAAUCUGUGAUGUGUGGAGUUACGGGAUUCUUAUGUGGGAGGUCUUCUCCUGUGGAACAACACCCUACCCCGGCUGGACAAACGGACAGUCACGAGAGAAGAUCGAAGAUGGUUACCGAAUGCCGGGGCCUGUGGGGACGCCAUCGGAGGUGUACUCGCUGAUGUUGAGGUGCUGGGAGUACCAGCCAGAGCGGCCGCCAAAGUUUGAGGAGGUCUGUAAGGAACUGAAACGAAUCGGGAGGCACAUCUGACUAUGGGACUGACACCAGAGUGAUGUCCUUCUAUAUCGCACUGUGACAUGGUGCAAUACGAGACUAUUGUGUGAAUGAUGAACUGUGUAUAACAUGGGAAGCUGUGUGAUAUGAUGGUGUCGUCAUGGCGAUGCUGAAUGAAUGAAGGUCCUAGAUCUGUAGCUGAAGGAUCACAUGGUGAAAAUGGAGCUGGACAAGCUUCACCAGACGUUGUGGAAAUAGGGUGAAUCCGUGACCGUAGGGGGGAUCUGUCAGUGUGGAAACAGGGUGGAUAUGUCACUGUGGAAAUAGGGUGGAUCUGUCACUGUGGAAACGGAGUGGAUCUGUCACUGUGGUGGAUCUGUCACCAUGGAAAUAGGGUGGAUCUGUCACUGUGGAAAUAGGGUGGAUCUGUCACUGUGGAAAUAGGGUAAAACUGCCACUGUGGAAAUAGGGUGGAUCUGUCACCAUGGAAAUAGGAUGGAUCUGUCACUUUGGAAAUAGGGUGGAUCUGUCACCGUGGAAAUAGGGUGGAUAUAUCACCAUCUAAAUAGAAAUAAAACAUCUUUCUGGUGAUGCAUUCUUGUUAGGGACUGAUGCAGUAUGCUGCCUUCAGAACCUGGUGAUGGUGUCACGCGGUGGAAUAAUUUCUUGAUUGUUUAUCAAGGGAGGUAAUCAAACAUACUGGAAUAUAACUAAGGGCAUAAUUCAGUAUUCUGAAACAGACUUCAUGGACCGGUGAGGGGUCAACUGUAUACACUAAAAGUUACAAAAAGUUUACAAGCUCAACCACAUCUGCCAGUAUUACAAGGCUGUCUCACCAUUACAGGGACGUGACCUAUAGAGGUCAGCAGACAGUACAGGUCACAUGACCCAACGUCACCUAGCAACACCAGGUGACCAUAUUCUUAUUCCGUGGUGUUGAAGGAAGAGCUGUUACCAGAAAUAAGCUGAAUCUUAAAGUGCUGUGUUGGUUGUGACGUGUGCACUCAGUGAUGUAGGUAGGUGAAGGAGGUGUAUUCAGUGAUGUUCUGUUCAGUUUGGCAAGAUGUCAAUCACUCUGUUCCAAGAAGGGCAGCUCUUCAGAAAGAUCACAGUUGGGUGUGCUGUCUAUAUGUGAAAGAUCUGUGGCAGUGUUCACACGUUCGUUCACUGAUACAGGAAUUGUCGUCCCACGUGAACAGACCAGCUGGGGGUGCUUCCUGAACCACUUGCACAGCAGGAAGUAGAGACCCUUGACGAUGAUGAUGAUGAAGAUGAUGAUGAUGAUGAUGAUGAUGAUGAUGAUGAUGAUGAUGAUGAUGAUGAUGAUGAUGAUGAUGAUGAUGAUGAUGACGACGACGACGGCAAUGAUAGGGAGGAAAAGGGAAGUGCAGGAAAAGGGAAGAAAACUGCAUCAUGAGACACCUUUUUCCCAAUAAAGCCAUACUUUCUCUGUGUACUAUUAAAUUCCAUGAAAUGAAAGUGAAUUCGAUGAUUCAGAACUCAAGUAGUUAAUGAGCAGGACACUGGAGAGGGUUUGAAGGAGGAUGUGUAUUGGAUUCUAAUUCCUGGUCUGCUGUAUUCAAGAGGACAUCCCUGUUGGACUGGGACGGAGAUGUGACUGGCAUUCAGAGAAAGGUUCGACACUGGUAGAUGUAGUUGACAGACCACUUCAAGUAGACCAAGUUAUUUGGUUUAUUUGAACAUAUAACAGGAAGAAUGCUUGACACCACGUGCUAUAAAUCUCCAUAGAAAAUCAACAGUAGUUUAACCUUGUAAUUAGCAGAAAAAAAUGGUUGGGUUUUUUAUAACAAAUUUAUGUACCAUAUUCGCUUGAUCAACAGCCUGCCUCAUGACCUACAUCUGCAUCAACAUGUAAGUCACCUUUAGGAAUGCCCCAUCAUAUAUUGAAAGUUUUCAAAAUAUCUGCAAAAUGUUUUGUGAAUUGUUAUACCGAAAUCAGCACUGGAGAAGGGAUCCGGUCAGACACUCUUGUGUCAAUGCAGGGUGAUGCUUGACUUGUGUCGAGCUGUAUAUAGAGACAUAUCAGUGGUGUAUUGCUUAAGUAAGUCACAGUGGUGCAGAGGUGGGGCUCCCUCGACAUGGAACAAAACUUCAGGACAGAAUAUUGUCAGUUUCAACAUAUCUUGCCAACACAUUUAUUGUCUCAGAUUAUGUUUGAUCAACUAUUGUCUGUACAAUGUUAACACAAAUUUGGUAAACUGUUGUCUGAUCAUGUAACACAAGUUUGAUCAACU